UUUUAUUUUAAGUUUGCUUAAUAGAUGGGAUUUAAAUAAACUAAAAGCUAUUUAAGGAUAUCACUAUUCGCUGUUAAAGUGGCUAUAGGUAUAUUUGGAUUAAUUAGCGAUAUCAUUUAUUACUAUACUGAAGAUUUUAAGAUUACUUACAUCAAAGAUAUUAUGGCUUUUUUUAUCCUAUUGAGUCCUUUAAUACAAGUACUUGCUUGGGGAAUAUUAUUAUCUGAAAUAAAAAUGAAAAUUCCUGAACCGCAAGAAGAUGAAAGGGUUAAAAACUCUAAAAGUUUAUUUUAGUAUAUAUGCAAUUAUUUAUAUUGUUUAGUUAUUUAUUACUUUACAAUAUUAAAAUCAAUACUUAUGCUACUGCCUUAUACAAUAUUUGUUGCACUUUUGUAAGAAACAAAAGUCUUUCCUGUAUUUCUUUUUGGGUAUACUUACUUAAAAUAUCAAGCAGUUCUUACAGCUGAUUUAAUGAGGAACAUAUCUUCGUAUUUAGAAUUCUAAGACGAAAAAGAAGCAAAUAAAAAAAAUUUAAAAUAAAAAGAAAAGUCACUUUAGAAAGAGUCAUCUAACUUGCAGUAAGCACAAUUAAAUAACUAACAAAUUUUAGAUUUUCAUAAAGAUUAAAUUGAGGUGAUUGGAAAAUAAAGUAAUCUUAAAUAAAUAAGCAAUAAUAACCGCAUAUCAAACAAUCAAGAUUAAUUAGAACAAAAAGCUGAUGAUAAUCUGAUAUAAGAAAAUAAAAAUUCAAUGAAUAUUUUGAAAAAAAUGUUCUAAAAUUCAAAGAGGAAUCAGCUAAAAACAAAAAAUUUUAUGCAGACCAUAUCUUAAACAAAUAACUCACAAAUAUCAUAGUACUAGAAAUAAAGUGGAAUUCAUUAGAUUGAUAAUACCAAUAAUAAUUUUGAAUCUAAUUAAAAUUUACCAUUAAAAAAACUUCAAAAUCUAAUAACUAUUCAGUUAUGUAAUGAUAGAUUUUAAAAAAAUACAUAAAUUAUAAAUGGAUAGUCUGUGGCUGAAGAAAACUAUUUAAAAAAUACUCCAAACUCUAUAAAAAGUAAUUAUGAUUCUACUUAUUAAUUAACCUAGUAGUAGGAAGAAAGUGUCAAUAAAUUUGGUUUUUCAUAAAUCGAUGUGACUUUAGACGCUAAUUUGCUCCCUACUAUAGAUACUUUGCUAAUAGACAAAAACUUACAAUAAUUUAUCUUGAUUACAGAUAUUGUUAAGGCUAUAUUUGGAGCUCUACCAAUGACUAUUGUAAAGUAUUUGAAUAACAACUUAAACAAUCGAUGGAAGACUUCAUCGAAUAAUAUAGAUUAUUUUAUAUUGCUUUCUUUCCUAAUAUCUUUGUUUACAAUUUUAACCCACGGAAUUCAGUUAAUGGGAAUAUUAUACAAUGAUAAUAUCAAGAUUUAUUACAAAACCUUAUAGUAUUUAAGUAAUAUGCAAAAAAAAGACUUAUAAUCAACUAAAAAUCUUAUUAAAAAAUAAAAAAAUAUUAAUGAAAAUGAUUUACAGAUGUAAUAAAGAUAACAAUUACUUGAAGACUACUAAGAAAAUGACUAACUAAAAUAAAAUUAAUUUUUUGGAUUUGGAAAGCUAUUUCCUAUGAUGAAGAUUUUAAAAAUUAAUAGUUAGAAUCAAAUAAAAAAAUUAAAUAUGCUCAGACAAUAGGCUUGUGAUGAAGUUAAAUGCAUGUAGUACAAUUUAAGUAACCACACAUUUAUUGCUGCUAAUUUGCAAAAACACAUGAAGCAAUCACUUCCUAAAUUUAAAAAUUUAUAAAAACUUGUCAUUAAGUUUAACAAUAACUAUUUUGGAGAAGGACUUGAGGAAAUUGUGAAAAAUUUUUUAUCAAGCAUGCCCUUCUUAAGAAACAUUUAAUUAUCUUUUUACUAAAACUUAUUAAAGCAAGAAUAAAUAUAAAUAAUUUACUUAUCUAUUAAUGAGUGGAUGACUAACAAUUAAAACUAAAUAAUAUCUGUUUUAUUUGAAACUGAUCUAGCUUUUUUAUGGUACCCUUCAUAAAUAGAACUUGAAGAAAAUUAAUUUUUAUUUCUUGAUAAAUUAUAAGAAAUGAUUAUUGGUUAUAAUAAAAAUGAUAAAAUUAUAUUUAGUGUGAAUAUUCCUGAAAAAACCAUUCUUGAUGACGAGGCUUAAAUUCUAUCAUAAUAAAUUAUGGAUUGGAUUAAUUUGCAGAAAUUUCAAUUGAAUUGCAAGGAAUUAAGUGCAGCAGGAGAGAAUAUGAUAAAAAAAGCUCUUUUAAAUAAUUAAUCAAUAUAAAAUCAUUAAUUUUCUUGUUCUAAAAAUGGAGUGAUUUGCAGUAAAGGUUACCGAUUCGAUGCUUAGCCAAAUAAAGGAUAUUUAUAUAUUUAGAAUGAAAACUUUUUCUUUAAUGUAAUUGGGGUAAAUAUUCUGAUCAACAAAUAAAUCAAAGAGUAAUGGAAACUAUAUUUGCACACUAUUAACUUAAAUUUUUCACAAGAAAAUCCUUAAUCAAAAUAUAGUUUAUGCGAAAGUGAACUUUAAGCCUUAUUUCAUUAUCUCAGCUCAUAAAACUUUAUUAAGAAUAUUUCUAUAAAUCUUCUGAAUAAUAAUCUUGGAGAUAAUAUUGGGAGUAUUAUUUCUUAGAGCCUCAUUUAGUUACCUAAGUUAGAAACAGUUAAUAUCAAUUUUGAAGGUAAUAGACUUACGAAGAUAGGGUUUAAGGAUUUUAUAAAUGUAUUUACCAAAAAAAAGAAGUCUUUAAAAUGUUUAGAACUAAAUCUUAAUGGAUGUCAAAUUUAUUAAGAAGGUGCUUAAUAGCUUUGCAAGUAUUUUGAAAUGCUAAUAUCUAAAUAAGAAAAUUAAAAUAAUAGAUCUGAUAUUUAACUUUAAAAGUUUGUUAUCAAUUUAACCAAAAAUAGAGUUAAUUAAAAAGGAAUAGAACUAAUUCUUGAUAAUAUUUCCAAAAUAUAAUCUCUUGAAUAUAUUGAUCUAAUUAUUAAAGGUAUCUCAUUAGCUAAUGUUCAUAAAUUUGAUUUCUCUAGUCUUUGUUACCUGAGAGAAUUGCACUUAACUUUAUGGUAUAACCAAUUUACAAAAGAUGGAUUUUCUAAUUUUGUUUCUUCUUUUGAAACAUUCCCAUCUACUAUAUAGAAACUAAAUCUUGAUUUAUGUCAUAAUGAAAUAUAAUCUUAGCUUUACCCUUUUCUUAAUUUCUUAAAUAAAAACAACAAUUUACUUGAGUUGAUCUUGAACUUAGAAGGAAAUAGUAACUUAAACUUUUUACCAAAUAUUAAAGAAAUAUUGAUGGAUUAGCAAAGAAUCCUAUCACUUUAGAUAAAUUUGAGUCGCUGUGAUUUUGAUUACAACUCUAUUUUGGAGCUAAAGUAAGGGCUUAUAUUUUUAGUAAAUCUUAAAAUUUUGUGCUUAGAUUUUAGCAAAAAUAAAAAAUUUGACGAUGACUGUUUCCUAGCAAUUAACUUCGUAUUUUCUGAGCUAAAAACUCUAGAAGAAAUAUAAUAUACUUGCUAGGAGACCUAAAUUACAAACUAGUCAAUAGAAGCUAUCUCAUAUUAGUUGUAAACAUUCAAAAAGUUAGAAACCUUUAUUGUUGACUUCUCAAAUAAUAAUAUUGAUGAAAGUAUGAAAAAUCUGCUUAGGUAAUCUCUCGUAAAGGCAAAAAAGAUAACUAAUCCUUCAUUAAUUAUAUGAGAAACUUAAAUAUGAUUUUUCAACAUUAUUAAACAAAAUAAAAUUAAUCAAUUUUAAAAAUAAAAUAAUUUAACAAAUUUUAAUAAAUAUUUUAGCCAAAAAAUUUUAUAUUAUCAUAAAG